AUGAAUGGUGUUACACAUACAGAACCAGAAAUUUCUGAAUUUGUUGAAGUUGAUCCAACUGGUAGAUAUGGCAGAUACAAUGAAAUUCUUGGAAAAGGAGCUUCAAAAACUGUUUAUAGAGCAUUUGAUGAAUAUGAAGGGAUUGAAGUUGCUUGGAAUCAAGUGAAGCUUUAUGAUUUCUUACAAAGUCCUGAAGAUCUUGAGAGGCUUUACUGUGAAAUUCAUUUGCUCAAGACUUUGAAGCACAAAAAUAUCAUGACAUUUUAUACUUCUUGGGUGGAUCCUGCUAACAGGAACAUCAAUUUUGUUACUGAAAUGUUCACUUCUGGAACUCUUAGACAGUAUAGGCUGAAACACAAAAGAGUCAAUAUUAGAGCAGUAAAGCGCUGGUGCAGACAGAUCCUGAAUGGGCUUCUCUAUCUUCAUAGUCAUGAUCCCCCUGUAAUCCAUAGAGAUCUUAAGUGUGAUAACAUCUUUAUCAAUGGAAACCAAGGAGAAGUGAAAAUUGGAGAUCUUGGCCUUGCUGCUAUUCUGCGAAAAUCGCACGCUGCUCAUUGUGUUGGUACGCCUGAGUUCAUGGCACCGGAAGUUUACGAGGAGGAAUACAAUGAACUAGUUGACAUAUAUUCUUUUGGUAUGUGCAUAUUAGAAAUGGUUACUUUUGAGUACCCAUAUAGUGAGUGCACCCAUCCAGCUCAGAUCUACAAGAAAGUGAUGUCUGGGAAAAAACCAGACGCGUUGUACCAAGUGAAGGAUCCUGAGAUACGUCAAUUCGUUGAAAAAUGUUUGGCCACCGUGUCUCUAAGGCUCUCAGCAAGAGAGCUUCUGGAUGACCCUUUUCUCCGGAUUGAUGAUAGUGAAUCAGAUUUAAGACAUACAGAGUCUAGGAGAGAACUAGAUUAUAUGAACCCUCUGCUAAGGAAGCCUGUUCUUGGACUAGAUUAUGAAGGAAAAUCAUUCGGUAAUGGCACCUACAAUGAUUAUGGUUUUGAUGAUAUACAUGAAUGGGCAUCUGAUCCAAAUGAAUACGAGCAAACUGGAAUUGAACUGUUCGAGUAUAACGAUGAUGAACACGAUGAACAUUCCGCAGAUUUGGAUAUAACUAUUAAAGGGAAGAGAAAAGAAGAUGGAAGCAUCUUCUUAAGACUCAGAAUUGCAGACAAAGAAGGCCGUAUCAGGAACAUCUAUUUCCCAUUUGAUGUUGAAUAUGAUACAGCAUUAACUGUUGCAACUGAAAUGGUAUCCGAAUUGGAUAUAACUGAUCAAGAUGUUACAAAAAUCGCCGAUAUGAUUGAUGGUGAGAUUUCCAAAUUAGAACCCGAUUGGAAGCCAGGGCCAGGGAUCGUAGAAACCCCUCGCUUUGCAAAUUCUAGCUUCUGUCACAACUGUUCGUCCAACAAUUCCUCUGUCGGUUCGUUCAUGAAUUUCCUAUCUAAAAAUCCAGUUGCUCAGAAUUUGCAGCUAGCAGAAUGCAAUGGAUGUGCUGCUACACAUGGUCGGUUUGAAGAGGUUACCUAUCAAAAUAAUAGUCCUCGGCCUAUUGGUUCGACUUAUUCUGAUGAACCAGCAUCAUCAAGCCAUAUUAAUGGUGUCCAUUACAACUUGUUCAAAAUGAAUGGCUUCCAUCACACAGAGAUUUGGGAUCGGCAUGAAAGCUUUGAAUGCAGUUCAGUGGGAUCCGAGGAGAGUCAUUCCCUUGAAGGAGGUGAGAAAUUGUAUCACGACCCUUCAACAGAAGGUCAGAAAGAGGCUGGACCAAAGAGUGAGCUUACAUCAGGUGUAAAGAGUUUAGACAGAUGUUUAUCAAAUCCCCGUUCUUUAGGUGAAAUUCCUGCGUCAUACGAAAUAUCUGAGUAUGAGCACUUGAUUGAGCAGGAAAUGAGAUGGCUCAAAGCAAACUACCAGAUAAAAUUGAGGGAGCUAAAAGAUCAACACUUGGGACUUCCACCUAAAGCUUCAAAGCCUCCUACAGGUUCCUCUAAGCGGAAAAAGAAGACAAAGAAUAAGAACUCAUGUCUUGAAACUCUACUAAAGUCUUCUGAUUGUGGUAAGACCAUUAGUUCAGAAUCAAAUGGACUUAGCUGCCCCAUUUCGGUAUCCCAAAGGGCCCGAAAAUGUGAGGCGAUCAAAGGUUCCCCGAAUGUCAGAGACAUGGUUAGUUCUGCAAAGAGUUUCUUCACCAGAACAUUGCUUCCUAACUCACUUCACAGAACAACAUCCUUACCAGUUGAUGCUGUUGAUAUAUAA